AAAAAAACGUUCCACUUCGUAGUCUACUGAAAAGCCCCAAACAACUAAUAAGAAAGAAACAAUACAAAAAAUAAAAUUAAAAUUUUAUUGGCGAAAACGUGCAAAAACAUACAAAGAACACAAAAGCGAAAUCCCAAGUCAAUUUCUGCACUUGCUUGAUGCCUUAAAUGGCCAUAGAAUGGAUGAACUGUCUGAACUGGAAGCAUGUCGUAUCUGUGUAAAAUGCUAUCGUAUGACCGAAAUGGAUUUCAUCUACCUAUUCCAUGACAAUGAGGAGUUCCAAAAGGAGCUGGACUUCAUAAGGGGCGAGAUACGUCAAUGGAAUCUGAAAAUUGCGCCAGAUGAUGGGCUGCCGCAAAGGAUAUGUGCCGAUUGUUUUGCAAAAUUUUGCAGCAUUGAGGCGUUUCGCAAGGAGUGUGAAGCGGCCCAGAAUAAAUUGCUGCAAUCCAUACUCAAUGCCGAUAAGGAGGAAGAAAAGGAAAAACAGCAGCAGCAGCAGCAACAACAACAGCCUUUGUUAAGCUCGACCGCAGCAAAUGAUGUACUCAAUGAUUAUCAGGUGUUCGAUCCACCUCAAUUUGAUAAUUUCGACAAUUCACCCACCCCCCUUAUGGAUAGCUCGGCCACUUUGUUGGACAACAAUUUGAUGACAACUGAAACAGACAGUGAUAUGGGGUUUCUGUCAUCAUCACAAAAUCUUUUUAGUUUUGAAACUGCCGAGCCACCCACAACGGGAACACUGCCCUCCUUAGAUACUGAGACUGAAAAUCAUGCUCCUUCAAUGGAAGAGAUUAUGAAUACGCGAUCUGUUUGCAAUGGUGGUCUCCGCGGUGGUAGUACUAUGGAACAAGAAAAACCAGAUCUCGAGGAUAUUUUACAAAGCAGCAUCAUACCAACCACCUCUCAGCAAGAGCCGCAACAAAAACGUGCUAAAUUAACUGUAGUAUCAACAAGGACCACACCGACAAGAAAUAAUGUACUGAAUAUUUUUACAAAUAUAAAGACUGAUAAGACUGGGCAAGUUCCCACAAAUAGAAGCACAUCCCAGUCAUCGACGAUGAUGACCAGCAGCGAAGAGGCUGCCACAACUUCCGACAAUGAAUGCGAUGACGCCAAUGUCAACAAACGUUUAAAAAAUUUGCCAUACACAUGCCAUUAUUGCUAUUGUCCCGACAUUGGACCCAUCGAUCAUCUCAGUUUUCCCAACGAGGAUGCUUUGUCGCAGCAUUUCUUCGACAUCCAUGACCCCAAUCGCCCCUACACAUGUCCACAUUGCAGUAACUCGUAUAAAACCCAAAGAUUACGUGAUAACCAUGUCCGCCUCAAUCAUGAACAAAAUACUUCCAAGUGUCAUUUCUGUCAUAAGAACAUACGUGGUUCCGUUGAGAUGCAUCAAACGCAUUGUCAACACCUGGGCGAUUGGGAAUGUGAUCAGUGUAAGGAGAGAUUCCACAAUAUGCCAUUGCAUCGUUUCCGAUUGCAUCAGCGUCAGCAUGAACGUGGUAGACAUUUGAAAUGUUCCGUUUGUCAUCGUUCGUUUAGUCGCAAGGCGAAUUUGGAUGCACACGAGAAAAUGCAUCGGAAUCAAGUGAAAUCGCAGUGGCAUUGCGAGCCAUGCAAGACAAAUUUCUUAACAAAUUACGAUCUGAGACGUCACAACUAUCAACACCACGAUGAUGAGAGCCCUGUCAAGUGCAAGGAAUGCAAUCAAGGAUUCUCAAGUAUUGCUUUUAUGCAAAGGCAUAUAUCACAAAUUCAUAACAACAACAAUAAUAACAAACCCCAUGUUAGAACGAUUGUAUCUAACACCCAGCAACAAGGGACGACCGCCAAUAGUCAUUUCUGUCCAAAAUGUAAUGUCUCAUUUGCCAGCCUUGACUCAUUGCAAUGGCACAUUGAGUUGAGUAAUAAAAACAAUGGACAAUGUUUAUCACCCGACAUUGUACUCGACAACAAGGAACGACGUCGCAUCCAACGUCAAGGGGUAUUCCCCUGUUUUGUGUGCCCCAAACGUUUUCAUCUCAGAUCACAGCUGGAUAAACAUUUGAAUACGCACGACACCCGGCUUCGACCAUUUCAAUGCGACCAAUGUUACACAAGAUGCCGUACUGCCUUGGAGCUAAAGCAGCACGUAGAUGUGGCCCAUUUGAAUAUAAAAGCCUUCGCCUGCGAGAAAUGUGGCAAAACUUUUGGCUACAAGAAGGAUCUAAAUCAUCACAUGCUAUUCCAUGCGGAGAUCAGUGUCCAUUGCACUGAAGAUGGCUGUGACUAUGUGUGCAAAAAUGAAAAGGCCCUUAAUGACCACAAACGGCACAAACAUCGUCUGUUGUCCUGUGAGUACUGUCGGGAAGAGUUCACAAGACAAAAAUUAACUGCACAUUUACGCAAUGUCCAUAGAGCCGAAAUCAACAUAGACUUGGCUGGAAAUGCAGAUAAUUUUUAUAAAUCAAAAUUACUCAAUAAUAAUAAUGAUAUUACACAAAUCUCGUUUAAUUUACUUAAUACUCAAAACAAUGCUUCAUCAUCAUCAUCCGCAUCAGCAUCUUCAGCAAUCACCAAUACCACAACAACAUCCUCCAACGCCUCAAAUAAUGCCAUAACAAGCAUUGGUAAUGGCCAAAGCUUUCCAUCAACAUCAGUGGCCGGUGCCAGCCCUACCCUAUCAUCGCCAAAUAAUCAUCAUGUUUUCAUUACCGAUCAUAAUUCGAAUAAUCUAACCUUGAAUGGUUUCAUUGCCAAUGCAACGAAUGAUUUAAAUCUAGGUGUAAAUCCGGACGCCUCCAACAGCAUGUAUGUGGUGACAACGGCCACCGAAACACCCAUAACAUCGGUCAUCAAUGAAGGUGAUAAUAAUUUGGAUCAAUACUUUAUGGCCUCUCUAAUGGAUACGGAACAGGAAAUAAUCGUUACCUAAGCUAUGGCAAUAAAAACCUCAACUCGAACAAAGAUCUUCACAAAAAAAAAAAAAAAAAAAAAUGCAAAACAAAAAAAGACACAACAUUAUUCUUCUAUUUAAAAUUUAGAAUUAGAAUUAUUAAGAAUCUAUUAUAGAAAUGGCUUAGAAAUCUAUAGACUAGAUAGAGAUGUCAGGUCUGAGGAGAAAAAAAAAUUAUUUAAUUAAGUAAACAAAGAAAUCUAACAUUGCAUGCAUUAGUAUUAUGGAGAUAUUCUAGAACACCACUUCUAUAACAACAAAACUGUCUUUAGGGCAAAAGUACAAGACUUACUAUUUAUUAAUCUAACCACAAGAAACAAAAAACAAACUUACAUACCUACAAACAUACAUAUAUAUAUUUAGAAAAAAAAAAUGAAAACAAAAACCCGAAGAAAACACAAAAUCUAAAUCUUCUAACAAAAAAAAAAAAACAUAGUAGCCAAGUAUUAAGAGAAUAGAAAAGUGAAAAAAAAUCAAAAACUAAAAGCAAUCCAAUUUACUUUAAAAAUAACAACAACUAAAAACUGAUAGCUACCAAGAGAGAAAAAAAUGUAACCCCCACCCCCUCUAAAAAAAACAACAAUUCCAUUUUAGAAUCCGUUCGCUUUUUUAAUUUAUUUGAUUUAUUUAUUAUAUGUCAAGAGUUGUUUUCUAGAAAUGAACGAAAUUUUGCCAAAAACAGGAAGUAUCCCCCAUCCUUCUUUGUGAAAAUACCCAAACAUUCCCACCAUUUUCUUUCUAAAACACAAGUUCUUUUUCCUUUCCUAUUUAAAUUUGUUUUUAAUAAUUUAUUUUAAACCAAAUUAUAGUCAUUCUUUUGUCAUAAAGGGCUAAAUAUAAUAACGAUAAUAUACCUCAAAGAGAGAAAAUUAUAAAGAGUACCCAAUGUAAGUCUUCCUAGGCUUUCAGUUCCAUUUCAGAAUCCGUUUCUUUUAA